CUCCUCCAGUCCAUCUCGACGACCCUAGUUUGUCGCAAGCGUAGAUCGCGGCCGCCGUCGGCUCCUCGCCCCACAAGACUCCCGUCCAUUCCGCAGCUUCCUGCCUUCGUCUAGUGUUUCAGCAUCACUGAGCGCGUCUAUAGCUACGAUUUGAUGGAAAAGCGUAUGAACGACAUCCUCUCCGUGAUCAAACCAGUAGAGGAUGACAGGAACAAACAACUGCGUGCAAUUCAGGAGAUUGUGAAUUCCAUCUAUUUUGUUGGAGCCUUGAGAGGUGCUACCGUCAAGCCUUUUGGAUCCUUUGCAUCAAAUCUUUAUGCAAAAUCAGGUGAUUUGGAUGUAUCAGUUGAGCUGUCCACUGACUCAAACUUCCAUACAAGCAAGGAGAAGAAGCAAGAUGUACUGAGAGAACUAAUGACAGCUUUAGAAUUUAGAGGUGUUGCUACAUAUAUGCAUUUCAUUCCUACAGCGAGAGUUCCAGUUCUUCAGUAUGUGAGCAAACUCUUUGGCAUCUCCUGUGAUAUAUCCAUCAAUAACUACCCUGGUCGAAUUAAAUCUAGAAUCCUCUACUGGGUCAAUACUAUAGAUGAGCGCUUCGGUGAUGUGGUUUUAUUGGUCAAGGAAUGGGCAAGAUCUCAAAACGUUAAUGAUCCAAAAAAUGGAACCCUGAACUCCUAUUCGCUUUCCUUACUUGUCCUCUUUCAUUUUCAGACAUGUGAGCCUUCAAUUCUACCACCUAUGAAGGAGAUAUAUGAUGUGAACAUUGCAGGAGAUAUUACAGGAAUGGCAUUGUAUAAUGAAAGGCAUCUUGAUGAGGUUUGCAUGGCAAAUAUAGCAAAGUUUCGACGCCAGAAUGCAGGGAAAAGAAACGAGAGCUCUCUUCUCCAGCUCAUCACGACUUUUUUUCUCAAGUUUUCCCAUCUCGAUUCAUAUUCUAGUGACGUAAUAUCCACUUACACGGGGCAGAUCAAGCGAAUCCAGGACAACCCACAUUGGAUGGACAAAUCUUACUGCUUGUUUGUCGAAGAUCCAUUUGAUAGACCUGAUAAUGCAGCCAGAACAGUUAGUAUGGAAGAGUUUCACCGUAUUGCCCGUGCCUUCAAAUAUUCUGGUUAUAUAUUUCCAGCUCCGAAUGCACUUCGAUCGCUGUGUACACCUGAAGUUUGUUCAGAACUAGAUAGACUUCGGCAACAUGUGGCAGCUAACACACAUGGUGAUCAGUAUCCCCAUCGAGCAAGUGGAUUUUCAGGAAACAGGGCAGUUCAUAGACCGGAGGGGUUACAAUUCAGGCAGGCAAGCUGCUGCUCCAUACCAGGGUCAGCAGCGGCGACGGGAGUACGCAUCAGAUCAUCAAGCUAAUAGGCGUGCUGUGACUACAAGGUAUGGUGAGCCUGUUGGUGGACGCCUCCUUAACGGUUCGACACGGGACUCACGAUCCCAGGCCUCCUCAAGCAGCACAACAUGGCAGUGGAAGCCAGCCAACAGCAUCAACUGACAAACACAACAUAGUCCGAGGAUAGCA